AAUAUGACAGAUAUACCCCUGUAUACAUCAAGCUAUUUUGGCAAGGGUUUUGCGCCUAUUGCAUAUACAUAUUUGUAACUUCCCAAAUUUCCCAGUUGAGUUUUAUCUUUGUACUACACAUUACGAGCCCCAAUGCGUACGAACAGAAUCAUUAAGACACCCUAAUAUCCUUAUAAAUAGCCCCAACUAAAUGCAUUGAGAGCCCUCACUGAUUUCAAGUUUUCAAACCCCAAACACAAGCAAAAUUUUGAGAGAGAGAGAGAAAGAGAAGGUAUGGAACAUGGGCAUAUGGAAGGCAUGGCAUCACCACCAUCACCACCAUCAUCCAUGAUGAACGGCUCAAAUGGGAUGAUGCACCAUAAGAUGAUGAUGCACAUGACCUUCUUCUGGGGCACGAACGCCGAGGUGCUCUUCUCCAAGUGGCCAGGCUCAAGCACCGGCAUGUAUUACGUGUGUCUGCUCUUUGUCUUUGCCCUAGCUGUUAUCGUCGAGUGGCUGUCUCAUUGUCGUUUAAUCAAGGCUGGCUCAAGCGACGUCGUUUGUGGACUGGCCCAGACUUUCCUGCAUACCAUUAGGGUUGGGCUGGCUUAUAUGGUCAUGUUGGCCGUCAUGUCAUUUAAUAUUGGUGUGUUUCUUGUGGCUGUGGCUGGGCACACCGUUGGGUUCUUGCUGUUUGGGAGUAGGGUUUUCAAGAAACCAGAUCCUGAGGAUGAAAAGGGCUCUGAUCUUCCUCCUAUGAGUUGUUGAUAAUUUUCAUUCAUGGAAAUAUUAAAUGGGCCUUCUUUUUUUCCUUAAUUUUAUGGAUUUCUUUUCAGAUUUUGUUUGUGGUCUUGAAUAAAGACGAUAGAUAUUUACCAAAUUAGUGUUGGUUUUCAGAAUUUUUUGCAGAA